CUGGGCAGGAUUCCGGACAACGCCUGGUUCCUCUCGGGUCCUUCCGGCGUCGCCGGAGUGAAUUGAUCCGGGAGUUGAAGAGGGCUCCAGGGUGGGAAGUGAAGUGAGUGCCUCAGUUACCGAAUAAAAUUUAGGAAUUGGCCAUUUUUGCUGCUGUUGUUUUGUGACGUCAGAGAGUGGAUUUGAACCCAGAAGUAGGAAAAACUCGAUGUUCAGAACCAUCAGAAAUGGAACCAGAUUGUUCAAGUAGAUGUUGAGUUACCCUUCACUGGUCUGGAUAUGGAAGGAUAGUAAGCGGUUCUUAAAUGGGGUCAGUAUAUGUUUUGUGACCUGUUCUUUUAUCACAAAAAAGAGAAGAAAUACUUCAGUGAAUGAAGAUUCCUCUGCAUUUUAGCACUGCUUUUUCUACUGUAGUUGGCUUUUGAAUGAGGAUGACAAUGGAAGAGAUGAAGAAUGAAGCUGAGACCACUUCCAUGGUUUCUAUGCCCCUCUACGCAGUCAUGUAUCCUGUGUUUAAUGAGCUAGAACGAGUAAAUCUCUCUGCAGCUCAGACACUGAGAGCAGCUUUCAUUAAGGCUGAAAAAGAAAAUCCAGGACUCACACAAGACAUCAUUAUGAAAAUUUUAGAGAAAAAAAGUGUAGAAGUUAACUUCACAGAGUCCCUUCUUCGAAUGGCAGCUGAUGAUGUAGAAGAGUAUAUGAUUGAACGACCAGAGCCAGAAUUCCAGGACCUAAAUGAAAAGGCACGAGCACUUAAGCAAAUUCUCAGUAAGAUACCAGAUGAGAUCAAUGACAGAGUGAGGUUUCUGCAGACAAUCAAGGAUAUAGCUAGUGCAAUAAAAGAACUUCUUGAUACAGUGAAUAAUGUCUUCAAAAAAUAUCAAUACCAGAACCGCAGGGCACUUGAACAUCAAAAGAAAGAAUUUGUAAAGUACUCCAAAAGUUUCAGUGAUACUCUGAAAACGUAUUUUAAAGAUGGCAAGGCAAUAAAUGUGUUCAUAAGUGCCAACCGACUAAUUCAUCAAACCAACUUGAUACUUCAGACCUUCAAAACUGUGGCCUGAAAGUUGUAUAUGUUAAGAGAUGUACUUCUCAGUGGCAGUAUUGAACUGCCUUUAUCUGUAAAUUUUAAAGUUUGACUGUAUAAAUUAUAAGUCCCUCCUGCAGGGAUCUAAUCCAGGAUGUUGAAUGGGAUUAUUGCCAUCUUACACCAUAUUUUUGUAAAAUGUAGCUUAAUCAUAAUCUCACACUGAAGAUUUUGCAUCACUUUUGCUAUUAUCAUUCUUUUAAGAAUUAUAAGCCAAAAGAAUUUACGCCUUAAUGUGUCAUUAUAUAACAUUCCUUAAAAGAAUUGUAAAUAUUGGUGUUUGUUUCUGACAUUUUAACUUGAAAGCGAUAUGCUGCAAGAUAAUGUAUUUAACAAUAUUUGGUGGCAAAUAUUCAAUAAAUAGUUUACAUCUGUUAAA